AUGGAAUAUUAUCACCCAACCGUCCGACACUGGCACAAACGAGUGGACAACGAACUAAAAAACCUUUACGGACUUUACGGCCGAUAUGACGUAAAAUUUGUGGGUGAAGAGGACCUGAAAUUAAUGCAGGACAUAGUGUGCGCGGGAACGGCUAAACUCGAAGAACUGGGUGAAAUG